AUGCUCAAGGAGCAGGGCGAGGUGGUUAACCUGGCCAGGGCUAGGCUCGAGGACAGGGCUGCGAUCCAGAGGGACUUGCUUCAGUACAAGCCCAAGUACGUCUUGAACGUGGCUGGCAUGACCGGCAGGCCCAACGUUGACUGGUGCGAGGAUAACAAGCAGCAGACUACGCGUGUGAACGUCGUGGGCACUGUCAACCUUGUGGACACUUGCUACCUGGAGGGCGUUCAUGUCACCAACUACGCCAGCGGGUGCAUCUAUGAGUACGACGAGCAGCACACAAUUGGAGGCCAGGGCUUCAAGGAGGAGGAUGUCCCCAACUACGUCGGCUCCUUCUACUCGCACACGAAGGUCAUGGCUGAGAAGCUCUUGGAGGUCUACCCCAACGUGCUUACCCUCAGACUUCGCAUGCCCAUCUCCGAUGACUUGAGCCCCAGGAACUUCGUUACCAAGAUCAGCAAGUACGAGAGGGUCGUCAACGUGCCCAACUCGGUCUCUAUCCUGCACGAUCUCCUGCCCAUCUCCAUCGACAUGACCAAGAAGGAGCGCAAGGGCGUCUACAACUUCACCAACCCCGGUGCUGCUUCGCACAAUGAAGUGCUGGCCCUCUACAAGAAGCCGGCCUCGUUCAAUCCGCAGUACAUCAAGCCUGACUUCGAGUGGAAGAACUUCUCGAUCGAGGAGCAGGCCAAGAUCCUCAAGGCCGGCCGUUCCAACAAUACGCUGGACGUGAGCAAGCUUGUCGCCGAGUAUCCCGAUCUCCCUGAGGUCCACACUGCUCUGGAUCAGAUGUUCCAGCGCAUGCAGAAGAACUUGGGCCUCAACUGA